GGGCGCUGAGAAUGCGAGUCGAGUCGACACAAUCGCAUGUGCUCGCGGGCCACAGCGACUGACGUCAUGGCCGAUCGGACCAGAGACAUAUUACCAUGGGCCAUUGACAGCAAGCGAACGUGUCCCGCCAUCGACAUAUCGUCCGAGCCUGGCUGGGCUCGUACAUAUGCCAAGGCUGGCGGAUGGCGGAUGGAUGAAUGAGACGGCUGACAAAAUCGGAUCCAUGCCGCCGUGGGGCAGAUGUAUUUGAACCCUCCUCUCGUCAGGAGCAGGGCUGGUCACUUGCUCAACCUGUCCCUUCGAUUCGGUGUCCCAAACCCCAUCUGUUCCAGCGCAACUUGAGCGUGCCUCCACCAACAGGCCCCGACCGACUCUGUCUCUCGUUGCAUAUCGCUCUCUGCAUUAGCCGCAGUAAUGAAGCUGCUUCCUGCCGUUUUGUCAGUGCUCCUUUUUACCGAGGUCGGAAUGGGGUUCCCGCUCUUUGCUGCCCCCGGUGUCUCGAAGGGAGUCUUCAAGCGCGCAACUCGAUAUCCUGUGGACCAUCGCAUCGGAAACAACUCGGAGCUCAUCGAAAACCUCUCGAGACAAAUCCACACCGACUAUGUGAACAUGAUUUCGGGUGAUUUGUUCCAGACGAUUCUGAAGGAUGUGGAAGACUACUGCCAGGCACACGAAAUCCCUCUUUCAGACCUGGUGGGCAACAGGACCCUCACACACAGCAUUGUUGAUGGUAUUCUGUCAUCGCAAGAGGUGUUGCAAGGAACCGUUGUCCAUCAGACCAUGAGCAGCGUCGCCAAGACUGUGAGUCUGCCCAAAGCCUUUGACUCGCGCAAGCUCAACUGGGUGACCCCGGUCCGGGACCAAGGCAGCUGCUCGAGCUGUGUGGCCUUUGCCACGGCAGCCAACAUCGAGAGUUCGCUCCUGGCCAGCAGCAAGGCCAGUUCGGUGGCCCCGGUGAUUGUGUCUCCUUCGGACAUCUUCUUUUGCCUCGGCUCUGGUGACGCAAACUGCAACGACGGAUGGGACAUUUCGGUGGCAGCCGCGGAUGUCAGCAGCGCCGGAUAUGUCCAAGAGAAGUGCUUCCCAUACCACGACACCCAGCAGCCGUGCCCUGCGAAGGAGGGAUGCCAUCGCCGCACCAACAUCAAGAGCACGAGUCUCUUUGACAUCAACGACAUCAAGCACUUUAUCCUCAAGCAUGGCGCGGUGGUGACAGCGAUUGUCGUAUACGAGGACUUUUAUGAUUGCUGCCAGAACGACCAGGUGUACCGCUACCGAAGGGGGGCACUCCAAGGUGGCCACGCGAUUGCUUGCAUCGGCUGGGACGACAGCAGGAACGCCUGGCUCUGCAAGAAUUCGUGGUCCACGACCUGGGGAACGAAUGGGUUCUUCUGGAUUGCGUACGGAGAGUGCGGAAUCAUGGGCGAGGUGAUGGGGUACUCGACCAAGUGAAGGGCGUGUGGGAACAAUCUCUGGCUGACGAAGGCCAUGAGCUGCAAAGACCCACUGUUCGCACAAGCAGACUGCCUGGGCAGCUCGCUCGCUCACAACUGGGCACCAGUGCCGAUCAAUAGCAUCCUGGGCGAGUCCCUCAAUCGUGCUCGCUUGUCCGUUUGCUCGUUGGCUCGUUU